AUCUCACCACCUCCAACUGUUCUGUCACCAUCAUCUAUUCAGCGGCAGUGAAAUAAGGAAGAAAGAAAAAAUGACAAAGCUAUCUCCUAGCCUCAAGGCAUUGAUCAAUGCUCCCUUCGCGCGGCCUAACACCGUGGCUGCCCCUCGCAACAUCCAGAGCGUCUACCAGAAGAUCAAGCAGGGAGCCGAGGCAAAGAAUGUGUCGCAGUCCUCAUGGCUGGUUUUAUCUUCUGCUGCAACCAUGACGAUGAACUCUCCCGAGUCCCUGGCCACGCUGUUCCAAGAUGUGACGAGCACGCAGACGCCCGACGAGAGCGUGGCGACCGCCGAGCUGAUGCGUGAGGUCGGCAUCAAGUGCAUCUCGUUCAACGGGAUCCCGCGCAGCAUCAACUGCCUGAACGCCUUCCGCGCGAGCCUGCCCGAGGCCGUUGCGAACCGGCUCUCCCGCACGCCUACGCGCAGCCCGACGGUCGAGAACCUAGGGGACCGCCUGGCUGGCGGCCGCGCCCUGUGGGAUUCCGUCUACCGGCCCUUCGAGAACAAGCUGUACGACAAGCUGGCCGAGUCGCACCCGGACCUGCCCGUCGUCAUCCUCAGCGGCCACUACGGCAUCACCCUGUCCGACCCGCCGAAGCGCACCACGGGCGCGAAUAUCGGCCGUGUCCAGAGCUCGCUCGUCGCCAUUGCCUGUCUGCGCGCCCAGUCCGGCGUGGGCCCCCAGGUGCUUUCCCAUGUCUUUGGCCUGCGCAAGGCGCUGGAUGAUGGCUCCUGGGCCAAGGAUGUCGAGAGCGAGGCCGCUGUUCGCUGGCUGGCCAGCGAUGAGGGGAGCACCUGGAUCCUUGAAAGUGUGGACUCCAUUGUCAAGUCUAUCGGGGAAGAGCAGGGCUCGAACUUUGCUCCGGCGUCUAAACUGUAACUGUAUACUUGAACUAGAUUUAUAAAGCUCACUGGACCAUGUAUACAUACUACAUACAUAUAACUAUGUAUGUAUAUAUAUAUCUAUGAAAUAUUUAUGUACA